GUUAGAACGCGAAUGAAGUUUUCCACUGUCACCUCGUAGCCACGAUAAUCUACUUCAAUGUUGUCCCCAUACAAGUCGAGUCCGCGACCUGGAUUGGCGUAGACGCUGCCAGGAAAUCGAUUACGCGUGUUACACGCCGCGUCGUCGGCUAACAUCAGGAUGAUGUUUGAGUCCGGGAUGCCCAAACGUUUCACAGUCCGGUACCUGGGGUGCUAUGAGCGGAACCGCGGCUACACACUCCUGUUCUCUAGCUCACAUUCCCAACGCGUUGGCCAUGUGCUGAACUGAUGAUCAAUAACCGAAAGGAGAAGGAUUUGAGCGGAAAGUACUCGGUAAUUGAACCAAUAACGCGAGGAACAGACGAGAACGGCCCAGUUAUUAGUGUGAUUCGACGUGCUUCCGUCUGUGACAUGUUUGCUGAAGAAAUUGCCCACGAAUUCUUCUUGGGAAGGCGUAGUGGCAAGGAUCCCCCAAGUCCAGCUAAGGAGACCAAGCAGUAGGUGGGGGAGAGAGAGAAGCAUACUUGCUUACCAAGACACGCAUACUUCAAAAAGGGAAAUCGACUCUCUCAUUCCACGUCCACUUCUGUAGAACUUCUCCGCUCGAGACCAUUCCGGUGCAACGUUUACUAGCAAACCAAAAUCUUUCCAGCUGAGGAUUGUAUCUUCUGUGGAAUCCAUCUUGAGCCCUCAAACCUCUCAUCAUGCUCGCUGGCUUGGUGGCCUAUGAAGACGAUUCUGCAAGUGAAGAUGAGCAAAAGCAGACCACUUCUCCUCUGAAGUCUGCUUCAAGCGCGUUUACACAUGAUGUCAAGCAGAAGACGAGCUUGCCAACUUCUUCUGAACCUCGGAAAGUAUCCAAUAAAUCGCAAAUAAUCAUCAAGCGGCCACCAGCGCAACACAAGACCCACAUGCGUGCCGUGGCCUCAGACCGAGUUGCCGACUCCUCCCCGGAGGGACUGGAACAGCCUGAAGCGUCCACCUCCGCACUUCCUCAGCCGAAAUUAGCCUUGCCUGGUCUCACGGAACCUGCGGACGAGCUCGUGCGGAUCCGAGAGUUAUUGCGCCCACCCCAGAUACCUGGACUAGAUAACUGGGGCAUCCCACCUGCUUCAGGUGCUGCUCCGGACCCUGCCAUCGCGGCAAAACUGGCACAGUUCCAGGCCCUGAAAAAUGCUCAACCACCGAGACAUUUCAAUGACUCGCUUAUGGGCAGUCGCGCCUUCCGCAACCCGCAUCUAUAUGCUAAACUUGUGGAAUUUGUGGACGUGGAUGAACGAACAACCAACUUUCCGACAGCAUUGUGGGAUCCCGGAGCAAUGGAUGCUGCCUGGUAUGCUGAUGCCAUCGGUGUGUCUCAUUUCCAUGCGGCCAGCUCUUCGGUGAUUCAUGCAGAAACUCUCUAUAAUCCUUCUUCGAUCAUUCCGGUCCCCGUCUCUCAAGCUGAUCUUCAAAAGGCUCGAUCGGAACAGCAGUCUCAAGGCCAAACAUCAGGAAAACGCACUCAGAUCGCCUUUUCCAGUGCCGGAACUUCGUCUUCCACCACCACGAAAUCUCGGCGUGAGAAUGACAAGGAUAGGGACAAACGGUUCCAGCCAUAUGGAGGUGGGAAGAGAGACAAGGAACGCGCCAGAUGGGCCUGA